CUGUUUUUUUUUUUUAGCUUUCAACUUUUCUGCUUUCUUUUUGGCGCGAACGGCGCGUGCGUCACACAGGUGGCAGCUGUUAGCUUAACGUCUGAUUAGCUGGUUCAUCGCUGUUUUAGCUCAGGGCUCCUGAAGGCAUUGGACAGCAGCUUGUGGUCACGUGAUGGCUUUCCCUGUGAACCUGAUUGGCCCAUCUCCCUGGGGCUUCAGAAUAUCUGGUGGGCGGGACUUCAAGAAGGCCAUAACAGUUUCCAAGGUAAACUCUGGCAGUAAGGCUGAGAUGGCCUGUCUCCAACCUGGUGACAUCAUUAUGGAAAUAAAUGGAGAAAAUACUGCUGACAUGCUCAACGUGGAGGCGCAGAACAAAAUCAAGAGUUGCAAGACAAGUCUGCAGCUGCUAGUGGAGAGACCAGCCCUGCCGAGUCCUGGACAGACCAACGGGAUCAAUCCCACAGAGCAGUUGGUGGGCCGUUUCCAGGAGGCUGUGCAAGUGAGCCGAGAUGAGAACCAGAACUACAGAGAAUACUCUAUCUCCAGCCCAGCAUCACUCUCUCCAGGCCCAUACUCUCCAGACCCCCCCUCCAGCCCUGAUCAUAAAGGAGACAGGAUCACACCCACCAGCAACAAAAACCUGCAGCUCCGUUCCUGGUCCCCAGAAGAGAAAAACUCCAGUCACAGACUGUCAAGACCACUUUCUCAGGAGUUUUCCUCAGUGGACUUCCGCAGUAACUCUUUGUCAAGUCGGACCCCGACCCCUCCUGGGCGAUACUCCCCACACAGCCCCAUUGAACGAGAGCUUUCGGUCUCCCCCCGCCGCAGCUCGGACUUCGGGAUGCAGCGGUUUGACAGGGACUCUGAGGUGUAUAAGAUGAUUCAGGAGAAUAAGGAGUCUCGUUCAGCCCCUCGUCAGUCUAACACCUUUAAAAUGUUGCAGGAGGUGCUGGAGGCAGACGAGAAAGAGGCAGCACUCCGGUUUCCAGGGAAACUGUCACCAAGUCCACCCAAGCCUGUGUCUUCAGUCGCCGGGGUCCAGAAAUUCCACACUUGUGAAAAAUGUGGCACCAGCAUUGUCACCCAGGCGGUGCGGAUCGUAGACGAUCGUUUCCGUCACCCAGAGUGCUACACGUGCACGGACUGCGGCCUCAACCUGAAGAUGCGCGGCCACUUCUGGGUGGGAAGUGAGUUGUUCUGUGAGAAACACGCCCGCGAGCGCUAUCAGGGGCCAGGUGCCGGCUACCGCCAUCCCAUCUCUCCUCACCACUGAAAUAACACACUUCUACCCCCUCCACACCCUCCAGCCCUCACUCCCACCCUUACUCCCUCCACAGCGAAAGGCAGGAGAGCACUGACUUAGAGGAAGCAAAAGAAAAACCAGAACCCUUAGCUUUCUCAUAUUGGCUCCCAGUAUGAUUGUUCCUUCCUCAAGUCGCUGUGCCACAACCUGCCGACUCUGGACUCUGGGACUGGACGAGGGAGGGCUGGGAGGUGUGGAGUGUUAUAGGCCGUGUGCAAAGAAAAAAAAAGUUAUAAUAUUCCCACAGCUUCAAAUAGUCUACUCUUUAAUCUCUGUCUUGCCUGCCAGUUCUUCACAUUGUAUUAGGCUUUGUUUUGUUUACAUAGUUUUUCACCAUGGAUUUAUGUCAUGUUUGUUGUGUCAGUUUUGACUGAAAUGUAUAGAACCUCUGCCUUAAGGCCAGCCCCUAAUCUGCUUCACACAGUGAUGAUAUACACAGUUAUAUCAUGAGCAGUGGUGCACACGGGGCUGGUCUCCUUUGUGUUUGUGUGUGUGUGUGUGGAGUCAAAAGCAGGUUGAGGGGAGGGGGGUUUGAAUGAUUCCUGAGACUAGUUUAGAUCUGAUGCCUUGAUAAAAUGUAUUGCUAUUGAAAGUAUUUUGCUAUUACUUAAUAUACGAAUGCAGACACAAACACACAUUCUUGUAUAAGCACGUUCAUUUAGUUCAGGGCUGUCCAAACAGUGACCCAAAGGCCAAAAAAAAAGACCUAAAAAAGCAUUCAGCACUGCUGGCUCAUCUCAACCCAUGGAUCUUUCUGUCUGUAAUUCCUAACCAGCCAAAUCCCAUUCUGCCCCAGAGGGCUAAAUGUUUUUGGGCAGCCCUGAUUCAGAUGAGUAUUUGUUAUCUUUUCAUUUACUUUUUAUUAAACAAGGGAAAAUAUAUAUUAAAGCAAUAAUACGAGUAAUAACAUUUUUGUGUACAUAAUGUAUGUGUAUUUUUUUUUUCUUCUUAAUUUACUAUGUGUAGAUGGUGGAGUGCUCUUUCAUGCUGGAGGGGACAGGGUUGUGUGUUUCAGUGUGUUGUAUGUUUUUCAGUGUCUUGACUUGAUGCUAAAUAUGUCUCUCAUGCAGGAUAAAGGAAGAAUGAAAUAUUUACAUAGUCACGCUGUUUGUAAUAUAAGCCUUCACAUAGUUGGUAUAUUUUCAUAGACAGAACUCAGUGGUGAACUGAUUUGAAUUGAGUCUGAUGAAUCUUGAAUAUUAUAUUGCCAUUUGUUAUGUUAGCUGUGCUUUCUUCACUUUUUUCUUUGUCAAAUAUAAAAUUUGCUGCUGAUUGGUUA